AUGCCGAGUAUCCAAGGCUUCAAUACCCUGCGGGCACGGUCAUACGUCCUUCGCUUGCCUCUCUUCACCCGCGCCAUCCUGCUGAGCAUCGCGGCGUUCUGGCUGCUUAGCUUGCCCGGCUACUGGGAUGUCCGGCUCUGGGGCUCUCUGAUCCCCGACAAGAUCUCCUUUGCUACAGGCUACCGAUUGAACACUUUCCCUCUCGUGCAUCUCAACUUCUUCCAUGCCGUCCUCAACGCCGUUGCGUUGGCGCCGUUGAUGGAACGGUUCGAAAGCGAAUAUGGAACCCUGACUACGCUGGCACUCUUCUUUGGGCCAUUGACUACGAUUCCCGCCGUUCUGUAUCUCUUCAUUGAGAUUGCCAUUCUCCGUGCCAACCAUGCCGUUAUGGGUGCCAGCAUGUGGGUGUUUUUGCUGUUAGGCAUGGAAGCGAUCCGAACGUAUAAAUCGAACCCGUAUCUGGUGAUUGGGACAUAUCACCUUCCCACCUGGACGACGCCCCUUCUCAUGAUUGUGGUUGUUGCCGCGCUGGUACCAAACACAAGCCUGCUGGGGCAUCUCUGCGGCGUUGCCGUUGGCUACGUUGGUAUGGUCACGGAAUUCGCACAUUCGCCGCUGUUCUCAUCACUAACACGUUGCUUAUUCAUAGCUGGCCUUGGUUACGUGAAGCUGCUUGCGCCUCCAGAGUGGGCGCUUCGCUGGAUCGAAUCUCGUUUAAACCUCCUCGCCAUAUUGCCGCACUAUAUCAGCGUUGACCAGAAGACGUAUGGCCGAUUCGGAGUAUUGCCGACCACCAACCGCCCCGUUGCGAGCGCUCCAGUAGAGCUCGUCGGAGGGAGUUCUUGA